CCCCCCCGCCGCCCACAGCGAAGCCCCCCUCCGACCCGCCCCCCUCCGACCCGCCCUCCGACCCACCACUCGCGGACCCUCAGCGUGGGCGUACGGUGUCCCGGCGGCGGUGCUCGUGGUGGGCGUGCCUGCCGUCAGUCUCAGGUUGUGGCGGGCGGCGAGCGGCGUUGCGGUGCGUGACCUUGAGCGGCUGUCAGGCUGGCGUUCCCGGGGUUUGGGGGCGCCUGCGGGGCGGGGGGCUCCGCAGGCAUGUACCUCAAGUCGUCCCCGUACUCCAUGAACGGCAUCGGCCUCACCAUGGCUGGGAUGGACUCACUGCAUCCGAGCAUGGGCUACCCGCCGCCCAGUGAGUACCUCUACGCCACCAACCCGAGGAAGCAGCGGCGGGAGAGGACCACCUUCACAAGGGCGCAGCUCGACGUUCUAGAGUCGCUCUUCGCCAAGACCCGCUACCCUGACAUCUUCAUGAGGGAAGAAGUUGCUCUCAAGAUUAAUCUCCCCGAGAGCCGCGUGCAGGUGUGGUUCAAAAACCGCCGCGCCAAGUGCCGGCAGCAGCAGAAGCAGCAGGCGGCGGGCGGCGAGAAGACCCCGAGAUCCAAGAAGGCGACCAAGUCUCCGCCGCCCUCCUCCACCCAUACCUCCCAGCCGUCGGGCCAGACCACCACGGGCGGCCUUGGGGCGGGCACCUCGCCGCCGCCCUCCGCAGGUGGCCACAGAGACGCCUCGCCGCCGUCGCCACCGCCGUCGGUCAGCUCGGCGCCCCCCCUGCCCCUCACCCCGUCCUCCUCCGCAACCUACAACCCUAUUUGGUCCCCCGCCGCCAUCCCUCCCUCGGGGUCCGCAUCCAUCCCGCCCAUGGGUGACUUGAUGUCGCCCGCAUGCUUGGAUCGCAGCGGCUACGGGGGCGUGAGCCAGCAGGCGGCAGCGGCAGCGGCGUGCUACCAGAGCUACGCCGCUCCCUCAUACUACUCCAACAUGGACUACCUCACUCCCAUGUCACACUCACAGAUUAACGUACCGGUGAGUUCCAUGGCGUCCCUCAACCCCAUGGGCGGCGGCGGACAGCAGAUGGGCUCGCACUCGUCGGGAUCGGGUCUGGGGUCCUCGUCCCUCGUUUCCACGUCUCUAGGAACCUCGUCGCUAGGAUCAGCGGGGUCCUUGGGUUCUAGUCAGUCCCUGAGCCCGCGGACCCCCCCCACCGUCAACUCCCUCACGCCCCUGCCCCCCGACUGCCUCGAGUACACGGACAAGAACACGGCAGCAUGGAAGUCCUAUCAGAGCUUCCAAGUCUUGUGAGCUGCAGAAGGUGACGUCUGACCCGAGGCCCUAGAAACGAACUGACGGACUGCCAUACUUUACCAGUGAAUCAGAAGCAACUUUUCUUUGGUUGUCUAAUCAACAAUCUUUAGUAGUCCAGAAUUCUGCCUGCGUCCUGGUGUUCCCAGCGUGAGGAGGUGAAAUAAUUGCAAUCAUCCUGUGUAAAAGACCAACAUCUCGCGUCCAUGGGAAGAGGCACUGUCGGCGUAGCAGUGGCUACAGUGCGGGUGCCAGAUUUAAUCAUAAACUGACUGAUACAUUCCAAUCUAUAUUGAAAGUACCAUACAAAAGGCUGAGAAACGUGUGUAUGUAUGUAUAUGUAGUAUACAGUAUGUGUGUAUAUAUACAGUGUAUAUGUGACUUGA